AACCGACCAAGCCGAACUCGCUCGCCCUCCGCUCCGUCUCCGUUCCUAGCGAAAGCAGCGGCGCUUUUCUUUCAUUUCGUCUUCUUCGUUCAUCUUUGUUCGCAGCUCUGUUAAGAGGGGAUCUUUCCAGGGCCAUGGAAGCGACUCGUCUCAGCUCCUUUUCACCUUUCAUUCCAUAAGCACCUAGAUUGAUGUCACGACGCCAGCCAUGUCCAAGGAUCGUGGCUGGAUUUCAUCAGGCUAGAUGUGCAUGGAUGCGUUAACUACAAGAGCACGGAGCCCCUUCCUCUUGUUAAAACGCUUCGUAACGGCCGUUGCCUGCAGUUUUGAGCCCUCUCUUCCUCAAUCAAAUUCGCUUUUCCUGCCACAUCCUGAAGAGCAUUCAGUUAGCCGCUUUGCAUUGCUGCUGCAAUCUUGCUCUGGCCCCUCUGACCUCCAGCUGGGCCGAAAACUCCAUGCUCAAGUCAUCACCUAUGGGCUUAAAUCCAAUGCCCUCAUUUGCUCAAAGCUCUUGGGAAUGUAUGUUCUCUGCGGCAGCUUCAUUGAUGCCACGAGCAUGUUUUAUCGGAUGGAAAUUCAACAUUCUUUGCCCUGGAAUUGGAUGAUCAGAGGAUGGACUAUGUCUGGUCAGUUCAAAUUUGCCCUGUUGUUUUACUUCAAGAUGUUGGGUCUUGGUAUCUGCCCUGACAAAUACACUUUCCCCUACGUGGUCAAAUCUUGCAGUGGAUUGGGGAGUGCUGUUAUGGGUAGAUUGGUCCAUCAAAUGAUUCGGAUGAUGGGUCUUGAAGGUGACAUGUUUGUGGGCAGUUCCUUGAUCAAGUUAUAUGCUGAGAAUGCGUGUAUUGAUGAUGCCCGACUAUUAUUUGAUAUAAUGCCAAAUAGAGACUGUGUCCUGUGGAACGUGAUGAUAUAUGGUUAUUUGAAAAAUGAAGAUUAUAUUAAUGCCAUUGAGGUGUUUUUAGAGAUGAGGAAGAGUGGGACGAAACCCAAUUCAGUGACAUUUGUGAGCACUCUAUCAGUUUGUGCAACGGAAGGAAUUAUUAGGUUGGGGACUCAACUCCAUGGGCUCAGUGUAAUUUUCGGCUUUGAGACAGACCCGCCUGUAGCCAACACUUUGGUGUCUGUCUACUCAAAAUGCAAGCACUUCAUCGAUGCUCGUAGGGUAUUUGAGACCAUGCCACGAACUGAUGUGGUCCUGUGGAAUGCAAUCAUUUCUGGGUAUGUGCAGAAUGGAAUGAUGGAACAGGCCCUUGAUUUGUUCAAUGAGAUGAUUGACCUUGGCAUCAAACCUGACUCAGUGACCUUCUCUAGCCUUCUCCCUUCUAUUGCUGAAUCAACAAUUCUAGAGCUUGGUAAGGAAGCUCAUGGAUAUAUUGUACGGCACGGAGUUCCUUUGGAUGUGUUCUUGAAGAGUGCACUUAUUGACCUUUACUUCAAGUGCAAGGAUGUGAAAAUGGCAAAGAGGACAUUUGAACAAACGAGCUUAACCGAUAUUGUCAUCUACACGGGAAUGAUUUCGGGAUAUGUGCUCAAUGGCAUGAACAUGGAUGCUGUUGAGACUUUUAGGAAGUUAAUGGAUGAGGGAAAACGUCCAAAUUCGCUUACUUUGGCCAGUCUUUUGCCUGCAUGUGCGGGUUUGGCCUCUCCGAGACUAGGGAAGGAAGUGCAUGGCUUUGCCCUCAAGAAUGGAAUCGAAUCUCGAUGUUACGUGGGAAGUGCGAUUUUGGAUAUGUAUGCGAAAUGUGGAAGGGUGAAUCUUGCUCAUAAUGUCUUUAAGAACAUGUCCCAACGGGACUCUGUUUGCUGGAAUUCAAUGAUAACAGGCUAUUCCCAGAAUGGGAAACCUCAGGAAGCCAUCCAUCUUUUUCGACAAAUGGGAGCUGCUCAAGGAAUUAAGUAUGACUGUGUCAGUGUAACAUCUGCCCUCUCCGCCUGUGCUAGCUUACCUGCACUGUAUUAUGGGAAGGAGAUCCAUGGCUACAUGAUCAAGCAGCCGUCCUGCUCAGAUAUUUUUGGCAAGAGCACCUUGAUAGACAUGUAUGCAAAAUGCGGAAAUUUGGAACUUGCACGUCGUGUGUUUGACCAAGCAGAAGAGAAGAAUGAGGUUUCCUGGAACAGUAUUAUUGCAGCCUAUGGGAUGCACGGUCUCCUCAGCGAAUGUCUCUCUCUCUUCCAUAAAAUGUUGGAAAACUAUAUUCGGCCCGAUUAUGUGACAUUUCUUACAAUAAUAUCAGCUUGUGGUCAUGUGGGUGAGAUCGACCAAGGGAUUCGUUACUUUCAUUUGAUGAGGGACAAAUACAGGAUUCUGCCCAGGAUGGAGCAUUAUGGGUGCAUGGUGGACCUGUUUGGGCGUGCCGGUCGUUUGAAAGAAGCCUUUGAGACCAUAAAGAGCAUGCCCUUUCCCCCAGAUGCGGGCGUGUGGGGGACCCUCUUGGGAGCUUGUAGGGUUCACGGCAACGUGGAUCUCGCUGAGAUAGCUUCAAGCCAUCUCUUCGACUUAGACCCGGAAAAUUCUGGCUAUUACACACUGCUAUCAAAUGUACAUGCUGAUGCAGGCCAAUGGAUUGGGGUUCAUAGAGUACGACACUUGAUGAAGGAAAGAGGACUUCAAAAGAUACCCGGGCGUAGUUGGGUAGAGAUUGACAACGUUACUCACAUUUUUGUUGCUGCAGAUUGGACUCACCCGCAGUCAGGAGAAAUAUAUUUCGCAUUGGAUAUUCUUCUGCAAGAGCUCAGGAGAGAAGGCUAUGCACCUCAACUUUGUCAUCUAAGGAAUCCACAAGCUGAGGAGAUCAUUUGAGCAGAACAUGUUUGAGUUUUGAUGGGUCCAAUUGCCUGGGAAAGACAAGUGAUAUCAACUUCGAAACUUCAGAGUAAAUUGCACGAGACUUUUUAAGUGGUAAUGAAGACCUUGAACAAUGAACUUCACUUUUUCCCCAAAGAUUGUCAUUGAGAGGAAUUUUUUUCAAGGCAAGAUGAUGACACAAUUGGCCUAUAAUUCUCAAGCAAAAUUAAAUUGUAUUCUUGAAUUUGUUGAGUUGGAGGGAAAAUGCAUUGGUAAUGUAUAUUUGAGUAUGAGUUGCCAAUUUACAUAUCUGUCAUUCCAUUUAGAGCAGUUUUGACUAUACAUUUUUUCUGCCAUAUGAUUAGUCUUUUUUGGAACUAGUUCAUUUAAAGUGGGUGGAUUUGGGCAAGGGAAUGCAAGGAAACAUUGGGGUUGUAGUGAAACAGGACAAGGGAUGUCGGAGACUUCUUAAAAUAACCUCAAUUCUAGGGACUAAAACUAAAAUAGUAAGAAUCACCUUUCAAUUGUUUAUUAUAGAUGAUACAAAGAAACGGAAUGGUAAUGGCAAAUAUAUAUUAAAACAAGCAUACUUUCGACUUUUAAGUCAUUGAAAAACCUGUAAUCAUCAGCCGAGUCCAUGCCAUAUUAACUUUUUAAAAUAUGUAAGAUUUUCCUAAUUCUGGUUGUAUAUACGAACCAGCUGAUUCGUCCUGGUUUUGCGGUGAACCAUCCAGUCAGUACUGUCCUACCAGUUCUGCAUAUGGGUUCGCAUUCAAGACUCAUACUGGAGGCAAGGCUGGUAACCUCCAGUCAAACUGAUUACUCCAGCCCAGUUCUAUCAACUAUGAUGUUCUCUGUGUUCUUUUUCCGUUAUUGGUGAAGCUGUGGAAGUCUUGGACGGCCAUGACAAGAUUAGUUACAGCCUACAGAUGGAUCUCUCUAGGAACAAUACUACAGGCUGUGAUAUUUUCAUACUUCCACACUCAAGCUAUGCAGCCAGUAACUGCCAGUAAGGGUGCUCUUUCUCUAGUAAACGAGAAAUUUGGAGAGAGGAAAAAAGGAAACCUUGAGCAAAAAUCACUAGUGCAGUGGCUUAUACUUGAUUAUCAAAAUAACUCUUUCUUCCACCAUUUUGUGAAGAUUGGGAAUGCUCAGAAGUCUAAAUACCAUUAGAGUUCUUUUGAAUGAGAGGGUGAAACUCGAGGAUGUUGGUGCUAUCAAAGAAGCAGCAGCACAAUUUUAUAAGACAUUUCUGGGAAGUGCUGAUCCAUGUGUUCUUUGGGAUGUUGAUCUUAAUGGCGUUCUGCUGCAAAGGUUGUCCGAAACUCAGAGGGCUGAGCUGGAUCUGAUGUCACAUUUAAAUAGAUCAAGUUGGUAUUAUUUUCUAGGUCUGGUAAUAGAUCACCAAGCUGUGAUGGUUUCACAGUUCAGUUCUUUAAGGUAUUAUGCUUACUACUGGGCAAUCUGUUGUUUGAUGGAAUUAAACUUUUUUUUUAUUUUUAUUUUUUUCACGGGAGGCUUCUCAGGUAGAUGGACUCCGCCAUUUGCACUCUUGUUCCUGGAAACAAAUUGCUAAUAUUAUGGACUUCAGGCCUAUCUCUUGUUGUAAUAUUCGUAUAAAUGCAUCAGAAGAUUCUUGCUAAUAGGAAGAAAGCUGUAUCGCCUAGUUUUAUCAGCUGGAAUCAAAGUGCUUUAUUUCUAUGGCCGGAAAGGAGUCGGAGGGGGAGAUACUUUAUCACCGUACUUAUUUCUUUUGGUAAUGGUGUGCUUUCUCGACUGUUAAAUGCUGCGGCUGUUAGGGAAAAUCUGAAAUACAAGCCAAGGGGCAAAACGGUUCAGCUGACUCAUUUAUGCUUCGGAGAUGACCUUUUCAUUUUUGCUGAUGGUUGCAUGCAUCCUAUCUCAGCAAUUAUGGCGAUUCUGGGAGAAUUUUGUCAGCUGUCUGCUCUGAAAUUCAAUCCAGUGAAGAUUAAGAACUUUUGUGUUGGAAUCUUGGAGGCUAAGGUGCAGGAUAUUUUCAAUGCGUCUCAAUUUAAAGAGUUAUCUCUCUAUAAAGUAUUUGGGGUUCCCUCUUGUAUCUGGCAAACUUUCUUCUUAUGAGCGUGAAAUUCUGAUGGACAGAGUAACUGCUAGAAUAAGGAAUUGGUCGGUUAAGUAUCUUUCUUAUCCUGGUAGACUUCACUUUCUGGAUUCUAUUUUCUUUAGUAUGACACAUUAUUGAUGGUCCAGUUACAUACUUCCCGAGAAUGUUAUCAGACGAAGUCCAACAGAAAUGCAGGUCUUUCCAAUGGAAGGGGAGGAGUUCCAAGUCUAAAGGCAGAAAAGUGGGUUGAGCUGAUUUUUAUAUGCCUAACAAAGAAAAUGAUCUGGGUGUCAAGGACUUGAUCCUAUUUGGAAUAUGGUUGCUGUAAAGAAACCUUUGCAGCUCAAAAGAAAGUCUCUUUGGUCUGUAUUGUCUCCAAGUAACGGUUCAUGGUCUUGGAGGAAACUUUUGCAGCUCAGGGAGAUCUUCAAGCCAUAUAUCACCUUCAAGAUGGGGGAACAGGAGCAAUAUAUCUUGUUGGCCUCUCUUAGACUAGGGAAGGUAGUGCACUGCUUUGCUUUCAAAAAUGGGAUCGAGGGCCGGAGUUACAUGGGAAGUGUGAUGCUGGACAUGUAUGUGAAAUUCGAAAGGGUGAAUCUUGCUCAUAAUGUUUUUACAAAUAUGUCCCUCAGGGACACUGUUUGCUGGAAUUCAAUGAUAACAGGCUACUCGCAGAAUAGGAAACCUGAGGAAGCCAUCAAUCUUUUUCCAGCAGAUGGGAGUUGAUGAAGGAAUUAAGUAUGAUUGUGUAUGUAACAUCUGCCGUCUCCGCUUGUGCAAGCUUACCUGCUCUCUAUUAUGGGAAGGAGAGCCAGGGGCUACAUGAUCAAACACCCCCACUGCUCAGAUAUUUUUGGCAGGAGUACCCUGAUGUUUUGGAAAUUUGAAACUCACAUGUCACGUGGCUUUAAGUUGAUACUAAUAGCUAAAAAAAAAAAAUUUACUAACCAAUUUAUCAGGCAAGCAUAAAUCUUCUCUGGUAACCGUGGGGUCUUAUCAGUUGAAGUUUGGGAAUGAUAGGAUUAUUCAGAAGCCUUUAAAAGUCUUGCUUGUUACAAUAUUUUUUGGAAACAUGUAUAUAUAUAUUUUUUCCAUAUAUAUAUAUAUAUGUAUUGCUUCUUCUCAGUUCCCUAAAUUGCAUUCUUGCAACUUCUUAUCCUAGGUGAUAGCUACAUUGAGAAAAACUAACAUUCAUGAAAUUUUUUACAUUCUCACUCUUCACCGAUUCUGGUAAAAAAAAUUGAACUUCCAAGGCCGCCAUUUAGCUUAAUCCUUGCUUCUUAAUUUUCUUCUUGUUUGUUUUCAGUACGAAUCAAGGCAUCUUUGCAAUUUUCAUGUAUUGCUGGAUUGUUAUUUUUGAUGCUUCAUUGAUUGUUUCGCUACUUGUUCUUGUGAGUUUGGUACAAUUUUUGUUAAGGUUGGACACAGCCAUCUCGGGAUCUCGGGAUCAGCAAAGCAGGAAAGCAGUGAAGGUGGCAGGCUUUUCAAGUUGAUGGCCCGAAUACUUCUCCUAAAGGUGGCAAAAUGGAGAAAUCAGUAACUUCCAGUACCUGAUGCAUCCGAACACCUUAACGGGGCGGGGAUACAGUGAUCUUACGCAAUAUCCAUUACUUCCCUGGGUGUCUUGCUGAUAAUGAGAGUGAAAACUUGGAUUUGUCCGACCCAAUGAAUUCUGUAGGCUUGACAAGCCAAUGGGUUGCUAAUCACCAGAAGGAGAAGAAGAGUUUAGGGAAAGAUACGAGAGCUGGGAUGAUCCUGAAAUUCCUAAAUUUCAUUAUGGUUCUCAGUAUUCAAGUGCUGGGAUUGUUCUUUUUCACGUGCUUCAUCUUCCACCAUUCUGUGCAGAGAGUUAGAAGCUACAAGGUUGUCAAUUUGACCAUGCUGAUCGUAUCUUUAACAGUAUAAAAGAUACUUGGUUAAGUGCAGCUGGGAAGGGUAACACGUCUGAUGUGAAGGAACUUAUCCUGGAAUUCUUUUACAUGCCUGAGUUCCUAGAAAACCGCUUGGGAGUGAAACAAUCUGGAGAAAAGGUUUGUGUAAUUUCUCUGAACAUUUGAUUGACUUAUCCUUGGCAGACUACAUCAUUCUGCUGUUUGCUUAAAAGCAUCAUGUUUAACUAAUCCCAUUCUUGUUGAUGGAUUUUCAUGUGAAUGAGGUAUUCCUGCCUCCAUGGGCCAAAGGAAGUGUGAGGGAGUUCAUUAGAAAGCACCGAGAAACACUUGAAUCCGAUUAUGCUUCAGAAAAUCUUCACCACUGGAUAGACCUUAUCUUUGGGUACAAGCAGAGAGGAAAGGUGUGCAUCCACAAUCUCUACUUUUCAGAUGUAGUGCUAGAUUUGAGAUCAGUUGCCUUGUUGAUAUUGUAGUAACGUUUGCGUUAGGAAUAUUUAUGACGGUAUUGUUUUGUUUCCUCAUUAUGCUGCUGAGGAAGCUGUGAAGGUGUUCUACCAUUACACCUACGAGGGAAGUGUGACAUUGACUCGGUCACUGACCCUGCGAUGAAAGCCUCCAUCCUUGCCCAGAUCAAUCACUUUGGGCAGACUCCUAAGCAACUCUUCUAGAGUUGACCGGGAGCUCCUCCCGCACCCACUUAAGAACUCUGCACAUUUCAUCCCUGGUGAAGUCCCCAAGAUCUCGUCUCCAAUCACCCAGAUUGUCAGCUCCCAUGACAAGAUCCUUGUUGCAGGAGGAAACACAUUACUCAAACAGAUGACUUACACAAAGUACGUAGCAUGGGGAUUCCCGGACUGGAGCCUGUGGUUCAUGAGCUAUGACCAGGAUCGUCUCCUCUCAAUCCAUGAGAACAUCCAUGGAGGGAAGCAAAUUCAGUGUGCCAGUGAUCUCCUCGAUGGGCAAAUCCUUGUCACUGGGGCUGAUGACGGUCUAGUCUGUGCCUGGAGAAUUAGGAAGGAAGGCCCUCACCUAACCCGGCAAUUGGAACUGGAGAAGUCCCUAUGCACCCACAAAGGGAAGGUGACGUGCUUCCAUGUGAGCCAGCCUACAUGCUGAUUGCUAGCGGGCUGCAUGACUGCACUGUGAUCCUUUGGGAUCCCAGCACACUGAGUUUUGUCCGGCAGUUGCCAGAGUUCCCAUCCCCUGUCUCAGCAAUCUAUGUAAAUGACCUCACAGGGUAGAUUCUCACUGCAGCUGGAGUUCCCCUCGCUGUUUGGAGCAUCAAUGGAGACUGUCUAGCAGCAGUCAACACUUCGCAGCUACCGUCCAAUUAUAUCCUCUCGGUGACGAGCUGUACAUUCUCUGAUUGGCAGGACACAAACUGGUACAUGACAGGGUACCAAAGUGGGGCUGUUAAGGUCUGGCAGAUGAUCCAUUGCUCUGAUGUUGAGAUUGAGCUGCAUGGGAAGAGCUCGAGCAGUUACAGAGCUGGUGUCAUAUCUUUUGGGGAUCGUGCACCUGAAUACAGUUUAGUCCUGCGUAGGGUCCUCAAGCACCAUAAGCAUUCCGUGACUGCUCUCUAUCUCACAAACGAUCUGAAGGAGCUGCUAAGUGGGGAUUCGGGCGGCUGUCAUGUGAGAGAAGCGACUUUUGAGUUUUGAUCGUUUUGGUAGUGGCAGAUCUUCAUUUUCCUUGCCGCUACUCAGCUCGGGUUCCUGAAAGACUGCCUUAGUCCCAUAGAAAGAGGGGAAAAGGGGAAGUAAGUCAAAAACGGCGUGGGGUGGUUACAGGAGAACAGGAUCUGGAAGGGCAGAAAUUGCUUGAUGCUCUGGAGCUUCUCUUGAAGUUCGACUUAGAACUGACAUAGCUGGGCUACGCUAGCAGAGAAGGAUCCGUCAGACAUUCGACUGCAUCCACAAGAAAGACAAUCGUCAAAAUGGUGGUUUUAUUAUUAAGCAAGGAAGUGCAGGGAUGUUUCCGGUUUUUAACAGGCGAACAUCCGCCGAGAAUGUUUUAUGGGAUUUUAUUUUGUUGGUUCUUAAUUUCUAGUGUAAAUGGGGAGAUAGGUUUCUUUUUUUCUUUUUUCUUUUUCUUUUCCUCUCCCCCCUCCACCCACUCCGGUCGGCGUAAUGUUGUAUAAGAGAAAGGUGGCGUAUCAAAUGCAGAAGACUAUUCUUGAUUA